AUGAUCGCUUACUGCCCCCACAACUUGGACGUCAGAUUACGACGCCCAAUACAGUCAAAGUUAGCCUGUAGAACCAAGGAAGAGAUUCGUGUUAGAGGGGCUGGACUUGGUUCUGAUGAUGUUGAAACUCCGGCUUUAAACAGCAGGACUGAUGAACUGUUCAAUAGAGUUGCAAAGCUGACACUGCGUUGCAUCCACCAGAAGAAACCUUAUUCUGCAGUCACUGUUUCUGUGGAGAAUCUCACCAGUGAGCAAUAUGAAGAUGAUGACUUCAGUGGUAUCCCAGAUCUUGUGGAAGCUAUCAAACUUCAAGCAACCGGGCCUGCCGAAGCAGCUCGAGCCAUCCGCAAGAAGCUAAAAUACGGAAAUGUCCACCGCCAGAUUCGAGCUCUUACCCUUUUAGAUGGCCUAAUUCAGAAUGCUGGGGCACGGUUCCAGCUUACAUUUGCUGAUGAAAUGCUGUUGGAGCGUUUACGCGUCUGUGGUACUUCGGACCUCUCCGAUCCCCUUGUCAGAGAUAAGUGUAAAGAGCUUUUCAGAUCAUGGGCUGCUGAGUAUAAGAACGUCCGUGGCCUCGAGCGAAUUGCUGCUCUAUACAAGGAACUUCCUCGCCGCAAGCGAGUGGUUACUCAGGACCAGUCCAAAGUUCUCCGCGAGACCGAACAGAAUCCAUUUGAAGAUGAUGAGGAUGAAGUCCCCCCACCAGCACCUGCACCUGCACCAGUAUCCGCACCUGAGCAUUCCCGACACACAUCGGUCUCUCAAGUAGGCCAAUCCAACAGAAACCCGGUUUCAUUCUUCAGUCCAUCAGCGCCAGUAACUGCAUAUAAGAAGGCGGCAAAGAAAGAGAAGGACAGGAAGAGUGGAAAGAAGAAGAGCAAACCUUUUAAUCUUGAAGCCGAGAAGGAAACUAUGAAGAGCUGCAUUGCUGAGUCUUCAGUUGCCUCAACUAACUUGUUAAACGCCCUACGGUUGAUCAACCGUGAGAAGGAACAAAUUUCCGAGAAUCAGGCUGCUGUCCAACACUUCGAAAUCUGCAAGCUUCUACGGAGAAAGAUUCUGCGCUAUUGUGAUCAGAUCCAACACGUAGAAGCAGAACAAUGGCUCGGCGCCCUGCUUCACGCAAAUGAUGAGCUUGUCACUGCGCUAAUGACCUUUGAGCAACUUGAUCGCUCCAUUGAUGCAGACAGCGAUUCGGAUGACGAGCUAGCCGAACAAGCAAAUAUCUACAACAAGGUUACAUCCGCAAAAGGCAAAGAAAGCGACGUAUCCCAACAAUUUGCUGGUCUCCAAAUCGAUCGCAAAGGCUCCAGCCCAGAACAACGCCCCCCACCCCCACCAAGGCCAGCUCAACCUCCUCCAGCCGCUGAUGAGGGCGAUGAUUAUCCGUCUGAGGAUGAGGACGAUCCGUUUGCUGAUCGCAAUGAGCUUGAUACUCCCGCUACUGAGAAGGAUGAACCGCGGUGGUGA